CGAAGUUGGUCAAUCUCCCAAAAUUAUGAUUCUACUUCACGCGCGGAUGUUUGCAUGUUGGCUCGGCAGGUGAUUCACGGCAAUGAGUCGUGACAUAGAGUGAGUGAAUCCUUAUUGGGUCAUUAGUCAGAACACAUACUGGAAGUACACAUGAGUCAUGACAUAGCAUUUGAUGUGGCAAGAAAAGAAGCCGAGAAGGUGAGGAAGAACUAAAUCGGCUUCCCCAAUUCGGUUCAUCUCCCUUAAAAUCAGAACUUAAUUUUCAUGUGUUUGUUUGACUGACCAUCGCGAAAUUCGAUCAAAUUGGAAAAUAAUUAGAAAUCAGAAGAUGGGUGAAAUCCAAUUAGGUGAAAGUAGCAACGAUCCUACAUUACUCAACACGGUUGAUAUCCUUCUCAAGACUAUUGGCCCUUCUCGCCCUUCUCACCUUAUUGUCCCUUCUUGCAUUAAGGUACGUGAUUUAAGAAAAUUAGUUGCUGCAAGUAAACAGUUGCCAAUUGAGACUUUGAGGCUUAUUUCUAGAGGAAGUGCAUUGCAUGAUAGCAAAAAUGGAGAAGAUGUUUCCGUUAAACUUUCAGAUGGUGAUUUCUUGAUUGUUACUGUUAGACCCAAGGCACCACCAAAACAUAUUAGAGCCGGAUAUGAUGACGAUGAUGAGGACGAAGAUGAUUUGAAGUUCCAGAUCCCAGAGUCUACAAGUCGGUGGAAGAGGAAGCUCUUUUAUAUUUUACAUGAUAAGUUGAAGCUUCCUGAUAUUGUUUUGUUAGCAAUAUUCUCUCUUAGCAUAAAGGCAUGGGCAUUUAUCAUCCUUUGGUUUAUCUUGGCUCCAGUGGCACAUAAAUGGGAUCUGGGACCACUAUAUAUACUCGGAACCGGAUUUGCCAUCAUCUUCUGGAAUCUUGGACAUCGUCAAACAGGUGAACUCAGUGCAUAUUCAAUCUUCAACGAGGACUUCAGGGAACUCCCAGGAACUCUCAACGCAGACCGCCUAGAUAGAGACAUACGAACAGGUCAGCUUUAAUUGAUCAUACAGACUUAAUGUGUAUAAACUAGUGCAAGUGAUACCUUAAGACAAUGUGUAAAGCACAAUUUUGUCCAUAGAAAUAGGCUCUAAUUGUCUCUACAAGCAAUUGAUGCCCUUUCUGUAAAAAAAAUAAGAGUUUGAAUGCAUUAGCUGAUGUUAGUGACAAAAAACGCUUAAUGAGAAGUUUUUCACUACAAAUGUUCAUGCUUUUCCCGUUAGUAUUACUCUCUAUUUUCUCUGAUUAGUGUGUCCUUUUUGUUUCGCAAUUUGGAAAUAUCGGUACACAAAUUCUUCAGCGUACUUCAAGUACUAAUCCUCAACAUUCGGAUAUAUGUCACACUUCGACACUCUAUUUUGGACAAAAACUAUUCUAUUUUCCUUCAUUUAGUUGCGUUAGACACUCAGAUACAUACUCGUUGCACAACUGUGGUUAAAUUUUGAUACACAUACUCGUGUCAGAUAUGAGUUUCCGAGGUAAAAAAAGGUUUUCAAUGUAAACUGAGAAAACCCAGUUGCACAACUGUGGAUUUAUCUUGAUUUCAUACUUGACUAAAGUUUGAUCAUUUUUUUCUAUUAAUAUGACCAGAAUUCUUUCUUUUAUUUGUAUAUAAAGCUCCAAUCUGUUUUUAACAUUAUCCUCCUAUCUUUAGAAAAACCCAUAAUUAGCAUCAUAUGUACUACAUAGUAGUUGACCAGAAUCAAAUUAACCUAAAAGCCAUCGACAUAAUGAGAGUUGACUUAAUGAUACCGCACGUGUGAGGAAUAGUCAACUACUCCCACUGUUCCUGUUUGAGUGUGUUCUGUGACGUGAAGUCAAUUGUUAUUAUUACUCCCUCGUUCAAAUAUAUAUUUACUGCAACGUUUCCUUUUUUAUGCAGUUUAAUGCACUAAUUUAUUUCUUAACAUCUUUAAUUAUGUAUAUUAAAAAUUAUAAAAAUUUAAUAUUACUAAUCUUUAUAACGAGCCGAAUCAAACAA